AUGUCGAACCUGGUGGACUCGAUCCUCAACUCGGAUGCCUUUGGCGCAACACCUUCCUCACCGCGGCGUGCGCAAAACAUCCCUUCAUCUUCAAGACCGAGACCCCCACCAUCCGAAAGCAAUGGCAUACCCUCUGAAGCAGAUAUCUUCCCUGAUGACGAGGUCGUAGGGGUAGCGCGUGGAAGAAAUAGAAAUCCUCUCGACCGCAAUGUUUCGAAAGUGACGGAUCGAGCGGGAGAAAGAGUCCAACAGGCUUUUGAAGAUUUUCUCGAAUCGCACAUCGAAGAACCGUCAUCCUCUGUGAUCCCUCCUUCAAGCGAGUUAAAAACAGACAAGUACUACGUCAACCAAAUCCAUGGCCUGAGAGAGUUUCAGCUAUCGACGUUGUACGUCGAUUACAGACAUCUUCUCUCCUACAAAGAGGGGCCAAUCCUGGCGGACGCAAUCGCAAGUCAAUAUUAUCGCUUUCUGCCGUUUUUGACAAAGGCACUACACAACCUUUUGGCCAAGUAUGAGCCAGUAUAUUUCAAGGAUCAUCGGCAGAUGACGAGCAAUGCUUCACAGGCUGGGACCUCGUUAGCUGGCAAUGCAACCAGUGAGGCAAAUAGCCAGGGUGAGAUGACUCUCAAUCAGCAGACCGAUAAACUGUUUACGCUGGCUUUCUACAACCUGCCUUUGGUAUCUCGAGUGCGACAGCUGCGAACAGACCAAGUAGGGAAAUUGCUGUCCAUCUCAGGUACAGUUACAAGAACUUCUGAAGUCCGUCCGGAGUUGGCUCUGGGCACCUUCAUCUGCGAGGCUUGCAACGAACCAGUGUUUAAUGUCGAGCAGACGUUCAGAUACACAGAGCCAACUGUGUGCCCAAACCUGACUUGUGGCAACAAGGUCGCAUGGCGACUUGAUAUUCGAAACAGCACCUUCGUAGAUUGGCAGAGAUGUCGUAUCCAGGAAAACAGUUCAGAGAUCCCGACAGGAAGCAUGCCGCGCACGAUGGAUGUUAUUCUUCGCGGAGAACAAGUCGAGCGCACAAAACCUGGAGAGAAGUGCAUUUUCACAGGGACUUUGAUUGUCGUACCAGACGUCUCUCAACUCGGUAUUCCUGGUGUACGGCCAGAGGCGUCUAAGGACAACAGAAACUUCCGAGGCGCUGACGCCGGUGGUGCCGGUGUCAGUGGUCUCAAAGCCCUGGGUGUGCGAGACCUUACAUACCGCAUGGCGUUCUUAGCCUGCUUCUCCUGUCCCGAUACCACAACUCCGGGCCAAACAGCGAACCAACUGAACGGCCAAUCUACCAACAUCCUCAACUCUCUCCACCAGACCGACCUUUUCGACCAAUAUGACAGCGGCGAGCGCGCCCAGGAAGCCUAUCUCGAGACUCUCACUCACGAGGAAAUAGAAGACCUGAAAUAUAUGGUUCAUUCCGACAAGAUUUAUAGCAGACUCGUCCAAAGCAUUGCGCCUAUGGUAUACGGCCACGAGAUCAUCAAAAAGGGGCUCCUACUUCAGCUGCUGGGUGGUGUCUCCAAAAUGACUCCUGAAGGCAUGCCCCUUCGAGGAGACAUCAACAUUUGCAUCGUGGGCGACCCGUCGACCUCAAAGUCUCAGUUUCUCAAGUAUAUCUCCUCUUUCCAGCCACGUGCGGUGUACACCUCAGGUAAAGCCUCAAGUGCUGCUGGUCUGACGGCCGCAGUAGUCAAAGACGAAGAGACGGGUGAACACACCAUUGAAGCCGGCGCUCUCAUGCUUUCGGACUCGGGGACAUGCUGCAUCGAUGAAUUUGACAAGAUGGAUAUAUCAGAUCAAGUUGCCAUCCAUGAAGCCAUGGAGCAGCAGACGAUCAGUAUUGCCAAAGCAGGCAUUCACGCCACACUCAACGCGCGGACAAGUAUCCUCGCCGCGGCAAACCCAAUCGGCGGACGGUACAAUCGCAAGACGACCCUGAGGGCUAACAUCAACAUGUCUGCACCUAUCAUGUCGCGAUUCGAUCUCUUCUUUGUCGUGCUCGACGAGUGUAACGAGAAUAUCGACCGCCAUCUCGCAGAGCACAUUGUCAAUCUGCACAUGCUCAAGGACGACUUUGUGCAGCCGGAGUUCUCAACCGAACAGCUUCAACGGUACAUUCGAUUCGCGAGGACGUUCAAGCCCAAGUUCACACCUGAAGCCAUGAGUCUGCUUGUGCAGAAGUACAAAGAACUCCGGGCCAAUGACUCGGGAGGCCUCGGACGAAACAGUUACCGGAUCACCGUCCGUCAACUCGAAUCGCUGAUUCGAUUGUCUGAGGCAAUCGCCAAGGCUAACUGCGUCGAGGAUAUCACCGUACCGAUGGUCCUUGAGGCUUUUGACUUGCUCAGACAGUCCAUCAUCACCGUCGAGAAGGACGAUGUCGAUGUCGAAGACGAAGAGGAUCAGGAUGCCACUCGCGACAGGGAAGGAGACAGCCCGAUGGCCGACGGUGACGGUCACGACGAAGAUGAGCGAGCACACGACACGCCGGCGCCUGCUAGGACGACGACCAAGAUCACGUUUGAGAAGUACCACUCCAUUCAGAAUAUGCUCGCGUCUCACAUUCGCGACGAGGAGGACCAGAACGGCGAGGGCCCCGAGCACGACGAGCUGCUCGUGUGGUACCUCGAACAGAUCGAAGACAGCAUUUCGAACGAGGAUGAGUUGAACGCUGAGCGCUCACUUGCAAAGAAGGUAUUGAAGAGGAUGAUCAAGGAUAACGUGAUUAUUCCUAUCCGAGGCGAAGGCCUCGUCGAUAGCGAUGAGCAGGAUAGUGCUGCGUCGGCCUCACGAGUCACGUAUGCCCUGCACCCUAACUGUGGUAUCUUUGACGACGAGUAG